CGUUCGCCAUGUAUACCAUGCGGCGGAUCAAUGAUGUGUUUUGCCAGCUUAUGCGCACCUACCUGGACAUAACACUAUCAUGCUGCGAAUCAUACUCCAUUUGGAAGUUCCCGACUAAUUUCGAUAGGAACAUUGAGCUUGCAGGCACCUUUGUUUGCAGCUCCGAGGAGAUGUUCCCAUUCAUGUUCUACUAUGCUCUCGGCAUCAGUGUCGUUGGAUCGCUUCACAAUUUUCUAGAGUUCAUCAACAUUUCCUUCGAGAGGUUCGGCAUACAUCUGGUGAGGAUGUGGCGGCCACGGAAUGCCACAAAUUUCAGGGACAAGCAAUUGCGCCGUUUUCGAAUCGUCGGAAGCAUUUUGAUGUUCAAGGCGUGGUCCCUACUGCUGUACGCCUUGGUAUCCAUCAAGCCGCAUUACAUUGCUCCCUGGGUUAUAAUUUCUGCCACCACCAUAUCCAUCGAUUUGUUCCUCGUGCUGUUGGAUGUCCUACUGUACCAGACGAUAGAGCAGCGAUCCCUGCUGAUCCUUUCGUUUCCGUUGAUCAACUUGUGCUGUGUCCUUAGCGUGCAGUCGACCCUCAAGCGACUCAUCGAGACUUGCGGUACGCAGGAUCUUGUUUGGUGGACAUGAUGUCGCAAUGGCGUUCAAAUUAAGCAAAUUAAAUUAAAAGUAGUGAAUGCAAUGCAGUAUUUUUCCAAAUCGUAUCUCGUAUUUUCUAAA